GCGGCGCGGCGCGGGGCUGAGGCGCACUGCGGCCGUCAUGGACCUGAGCCUGCACCGCGCGGACUACGUCCAGGUGGGCGUGACCUCGCCGGAGACCCUGAAGCUGCUCCCCGCCGCCAGACGCGGAGCCCCGCAGAAGGUGGUUAUUGGAGAUCAUGAUGGGGUGGUUAUGUGUUUUGGCAUGAAGAAAGGAGAAGCAGUGGCAGUGUUCAAGACUUUGCCAGGGCAGAAGAUCGCAAGACUGGAGCUUGGAGGGGUUCUUAACACACCUCAGGAGAAAAUCUUUAUUGCUGCAGGUUCUGAGAUUAGAGGCUUCACAAAGAGGGGAAAACAGUUCCUCUCUUUUGAAACAAACCUCACUGAAAGCAUCAAAGCUAUGCACAUAUCUGGCUCAGACCUCUUUCUCAGUGCAAGUUACAUCUAUAACCACUACUGUGACUGCAAAGACCAGCAUUAUUACCUUUCGGGGGACAAAAUCAACGAUGUGACCUGCCUUCCCGUGGAGAGGGUCCCUCGUGUCACACCCGUGCUGGCUUGCCAGGACAGAGUGCUCAGAGUCUUACAGGGAUCUGAUGUGAUGUAUGAAACUGAAGUUCCUGGCCCACCUACUGUCCUCACACCCCACAACGGAAAUGGCGGUGACUCUGGAGAAGACCUUUGGUUUGGAACGUCAGAUGGAAAACUUGGACUUAUUCAGAUCACGUCAUCCAAACCAAUACACAAGAGUGAAAUUCGAAAUGAGAAAAAAAGGGGAGGUAUUCUGUGUAUUGACAGCUUUGAUAUUGUGGGUGAUGGGGUCAAAGACUUGCUUGUUGGGCGAGACGAUGGGACGGUACAAGUGUAUAGCUUUGAUAACGCAAGCGAGCCUGUUCUACGCUUUGAUCAGAUGUUGUCUGAAAGUGUCACAUCUAUCCAGGGUGGUUGCGUAGGGAAAGAUGGCUAUGAUGAAAUCGUGGUAUCGACAUAUUCAGGCUGGGUUGCAGGUCUGACGACAGAGCCUGUCCAUAAGGAAAGCGGGCCUGGAGAGGAGCUGAAAGUCAGUCAGGAGAUGCAGAAUAAAAUUUCUUCUUUACGGAAUGAGCUGGAGCAUCUGCAGUACAAGGUCCUCCAGGAAAGAGAGAAAUACCAGCAGUCUUCUCAGUCAAGCAAAGCAAAAUCAGCAGUACCUUCGUUUAGUAUAAAUGACAAAUUUACAUUAAAUAAAGAUGAUGCCAGCUACAGCCUUGUCUUAGAGGUGCAGACAGCAAUAGAUAACGUCUUGAUACAGAGUGACGUUCCAAUAGAUUUACUUGAUGAGGAUAAAAAUUCUGCUGUUGUCAGCUUUAGCAGCUGUGAUUCUGAGGCCAGUGACAACUUUCUUCUCGCUACGUACCGGUGCCAGGCAAACACCACAAGGCUGGAACUCAAGAUCCGCUCCAUUGAAGGCCAGUACGGCACCCUUCAAGCCUACGUGACUCCAAGAAUCCAGCCCAAAACCUGCCAGGUUCGCCAGUACCUGAUCAAACCCCUCUCACUCCACCAGAGAACUCACGUUACCAGCCCUGGCAGACCCAUGAACACACUGACAUUAACGGGCCAAUUCAGUUUUGCGGAAGUUCACUCCUGGGUGGUUUUUUGCUUGCCUGAAGUCCCCGAAAAGCCUCCAGCAGGAGAAAGUGCGACGUUUUAUUUUCAGAACACCUUCCUGGACACACAGCUGGAAAGCACCUACAGGAAAGGGGAAGGAAUUUUUAAAUCUGACAACAUUUCUACUAUAUCCAUCUUAAAAGAUGUGCUCUCUAAAGAAGCUACAAAAAGGAAAAUUAACCUCAACAUAUCAUAUGAGAUAAAUGAAGUAUCAGUGAAACACACUUUAAAGCUAAUCCACCCAAAGUUGGAGGACCAGUUGCUUUUGGCUAAAAAAGUACAGCUAAUUGAUGCUUUAAAAGAGUUACAGGUUCAUGAGGGAAAUACGAACUUUUUGAUACCAGAAUAUCGCUGUAUUCUAGAAGAAGCAGAUCAGUUACAGGAAGAAUACAAAAAGCAGCCUGCACAUCUGGACAGACUCCAUGGCAUGAUCACUGAUCUUUUCAUAGAUAAGUUCAAAUUCAAAGGCACCAAUGUAAAGACCAAAGUACCUCUUCUGCUGGAGAUUCUGGACAGUUAUGACCAAAAUGCUUUGAUCGCUUUCUUUGAUGCUGCAUGAAAUACAAACAAGGUAAAGUUCAAGGAAGUGGUUAAGUUUAAGUGAAAAAUGUCAAAACAGAAUUGCAAGCUAAGUAGGCAUGUACACUUAUUUAAAGUGCUUUCUAAUAUGCAGACAUAUGUGAUGUGACUUUUUUUAGUAAUGCAUCUAUUUUGUGAAAUGGAACUUUUUAAAAAUAAAAGAAACUUCCAUUUGUAACAUAAAUGGGAUGAUUAUAAGGGAUUGUAAUGGAUUUUUUUCAAGUGGAUGUUUUAACUUAAACUGAGGGAUUAUUGGGAAAUAAAAACAUUCCGAUACAUAGCAAACAACGUGUGUAAACUG